CAUCCCUCCCUCUCACACACAGUCAUCAGAGAGUAUGAGAAGGCUGGACUGACUGGACGGACUAUACACAGGACUGGGUUACUGCAGCAGGAGUACACACUUCUACUACCUGAUACCUCUGUCUGCACGCUAAAGCACUUAACAGGAGAGCCGCACCAUGACCAGAAAGGUGUUCACCAACACACGGGAGCGCUGGCGGCAGCACAACGUCAACACUGCCUUCGCUGAGCUCCGCAAGCUCAUCCCCACCCACCCACCAGAGAAGAAGCUGAGCAAGAACGAGAUCCUGCGGCUGGCAAUGCGUUACAUCAACUUCCUGGUGCAGCUGCUGGAGAGCCAGAGUGGCCAGCCUGCUUCACACUCCCCCACAGCCCUGCUCACCUUCCUCAGGGGCAACGUGGAACGUCUCCACUCAUCCUCCCAGACCUGUGGCCUGGCCAGCGACACUGACGCCCUCUCCCCUGGAUCAAGCUGUGACAGCACCGAGGCCUGGUAGUGUGCCUGCUGCAGUUUCCUCUUAUGGGUGAUCAUCUACAACUCCCUGGGUGAAACUGUCACAAGGCCCCCAUUCAUAGACUCCAUUUUGGUUCUGUGACACUUGAGGAGUACAAUGUUGGUUGUGAUGGCAAGCAGAAGAUAUUUGUGGAUGAUGCCCUUCCUGCUGAAUUAAAUAGAUUGAGAUGGAUUUAUUUAGCUACACUCUUGAUGUUGACGUUAUGACACGGGAGGAUGGGAGCCUUGUGAAAUGUCAUCUGUAAUCUGCAUGGAUGUAGCUUGGAUGUAUUCCCCCCUUCAUGUCAGACAUGUAUUUUUAUCUUGUCGGUGGGGAAAGAUGUCCACAUCAACAACAAAACAUGUUUGAAAUAAAAAAUAAGGAUAUAAAGGAUCAUUUAAGGGAAUUUAUUUGGGAAAGACAUUUCAGGAAAGAUAAAGUCUUGUCCAAUUCACCAAGGACUGCAAUCUAAUUACAAAAUGCAAAGGGCACUUUCUUUUGUUCAAAUGACGAUUUUAUGAUGAGACUGAUUAAUGACCUUGCUUAUUAGCAAAUCAAUAAUUAUUAUCAAAAUCCUGCAAUAUGACCACAUUCAUUGAUUGACACAUUGCUGUUAUACGCAUUAAUUGACUAUUUAUUGGGACGACAGGAUUGCGCUGCAUGAUAACACAACUGACAAUCCUCUUUGAAAUAUGUUCCAAUUGUAGGACUGUAUUGUGUGAACAGAUAACAGGAAUAGUUUUUGUUGUCUGUCCAUUCAAGUAUUUAUUAAUCUUGCUCUUUUUGUACAAUAAGCAUGUCAUGUAACCAAAGAUUAUUAUUUAACCAUCAUUUGUCAAGGCUAUUGUGAUUAUUUAUUUUUUGUAAACUAUGUUGGUUAAUAUUAAGUUGUGAAUAUGUUAUUUAUUAUAACUAUUUAAUAAUGGCUUGUUAAUAAAAAAAUAUUUGAAUUUAUCAAAAGUAAGUACACAUUAAGUACCAUCCUCUUAUUGUAAAUAACCCUGGUAUUCCAUUGACACCAUGCAACCAUUUGUACUAAUUUAACAAACACCUCAAAGUGCCGAGCCAGGAAGUCAACAGUGCAGCUGCUCCCUGUGUGUUUGUACUGGUCCAUUCUGGACCCUCUGGUCUACUAAUGCCCUUGUUUCCUCUCAAUGGGGCCAGUGAUGGCCGCGCCUGUGAUUGUCCUCUACAAACCCUCUGACCACUGUGUGGACACAGAGACAACCCCUAAACUCUAAACCCUUAUCGAGUGUCCGAGGGCAGAGAGAGGGGAAGAGAAAAAGGACUACUUAACUUGUGACCUGCAAUCCCACAGGUCAACAUGUAGUCAAACCCUGAUCACUGACCCAACAGGCAGAUACAGCGCUGCUAGUCCUGAGAGGCUCCUAUGGGCUCUUGAAUGGAGUGUU